UUGGCCUCGCUACAACCGGUCCGAUGGAUUCGGCCCGCGGUAGCAUGCGUUUUGCCGCAGUUCUGCUGUACCUUGUAGCGGUAGCAAGAGCGUUCGUCCCUAAUUUUGGAGCAGUCCGAUCCCCGGUGUCUACAUGUAGACCAUGUUCCCUGGGCUUGGGAUCUUCCCUGAAGCCGUAUCUAGAAAAGCUCAUCGACGGUCACGAGCUCUCAGCCGCUGAUUCGGAGAAUGCGUUAGUUAGUAUCAUGGAAGGUGCGAAGGCGGAGCAGGUGGCAGCUCUUCUGUGCCUGUUGCGCAUGAAGGGAGAGACCGCGACCGAGAUUGCGGGAUGCGUUCGCGGAAUGAAGAGCGUAGCCGUACCCGUGCAUGUGGAAGGAGAUUUAUUAGAUAUCGUGGGUACCGGCGGUGACGGCGCCCAUACCAUCAACGUCUCCACGGCGUCCGUCAUCCUGGCUGCUGCAGCAGGAGCAAAGGUUUGCAAGUUCGGCAACCGCUCGGUAUCCUCGUUGUGCGGCUCUGCAGACGUACUGGAGGCUCUUGGCAUUAGUGUGGACCUCACUCCGGAGCAAGUGGCCGAGUGUUGUAACGACUGCAACGUGGCCUUCAUGUUCGCACCAAACCACUACCCAGCAAUGAAGAACGUGGCCCCCGUGCGCAAGGCGCUUGGCGUUCGGACGUUGUUCAACAUUCUAGGUCCCAUGACGAACCCGGCGGGGGCACAGCGAGUGGUGGGAUACAUCGAGCAUGGGGUGAUCGUGCACGGAGCGGGACUUGAUGAGAUAAGUCCUUUGGGGCCAUCAAAGAUAAUAGAGAUAAGAAACUCCGCUGAAGUGGGAAAGCCGAAGCAAUACGAAACCAAAGAGUAUGUCAUCGAUCCGAAGGAUUAUGGUUUUCCUGCGUGCAAAAUGGAGGACCUCAGAGGGGGAGACCGCGACGAAAAUGCCCGAUUGCUCCGCGAAGCCUUAGAGGGCGGCACAUGGACGAGCAACGGAAAGAAGGACGCAAUAACGCUCAACGCUGGAAUAGGGUUGUACGUAUAUGGUUUGGCGCCUACCAUCGAGGCUUCUUUCAAGCUGGCAAAAAGCACGCUGGAAUCAGGAGCCGCCAUAGCUCAGCUGGAUAAAUGGAUUUCAUCGUCUACAAGAAUUACGUCAGCCGGAUGAAGAGCAGUUCACCCAAGAUAGAAGAGCGACGUCGACAUGUAGCUGCUGAAAAUGCCCAGGACUUGAAGCACGACAACGCCAGGGUGCGUUCGCAUGGGGUUGAAAGCGUUGGCGCAUGUUUUUAAAUGCUGCCACACGGUCGACCUCGAGGACUUGUGUGAUUGUGUUUUUCGCGAAGCUUAGGUCUACUGGUUGUUCGUAAACUUUUCCGUCAAGUCAAGUCGCCCGCCGAAAUCCUUCAAAUGGACGUGAGCUGCCAGGCUGUUAGGGUGUCUCUCAUAUUCACGGCUGUUGCUGUGGUCACUUGCAGCAGUCUAUUGUUUGGAUUUAGCGUUUCUAUACAAAACCUAUGCUCUUCAUUGUAUUGGCAUUCGUUUCUAAUUCUAAAACCCAUAUAAUACGGGAGAGUAUAGGUUCAGUAUGGCCAUACUCUAUCCUGCAGGUUUAAGUGUUGCAUUCCAUAACACAUAUGUUACCGGGGUGUAGGUUUAGGUAUAUGGCCGAAAAAAAGACUCAUAACACCG